CACGACACACACACACACACACGCAAGAUGGGUUCCAUCGGAGAGCGUCCGAGACUCGUCAUCACGGCCGGGACCGAAGACGGAACCAAGAAAAGAAAAGACAUAAUUCUAAGCCUCCUCUCGACCUCGCCACCGUCCCCUUCUCCCCUUCGGCCGGCCCACGCCCAUUGUCUCCAGCCCGCCACAAGCCUCCGACCCGGCAUCACGGGCAAAGCCAAAGCCAGUGGCGUCAAAGUAUCCGUCCGAAACCGACCGCCUCCCCGUCCGAAUACAAACUCUGCUCCAACGGGGCAUUUGUCAGGGGGGGAGGCAAAAGGGGGGGUGUGCGUGUGUGGCCCGCGGGCAGAUUCCUCAAGGGCAGAUUCAUCACGGGCAAAACCUGCGCACGCGUCCGGCUGGGAGAUGGGUGAGGGAUUCGCGUCUUCUCGUAAAGUCGCCGGAAUGGGAUGGAUACCGGCGAGCCAUCCAUGCGUGCUGGGCUCGUGGAGACGGACCCGAGGCGCUGGCUGAGCCCCAAGCCUCGAUAUCACGGACUGGGCCGUAAGGGGGAAAGCC